UGAUGUGACAUCAAUGACUGAAGCUAAUGUAGAAUCCAGUAGAAGAGUUAUUUCCAUUGAAGAGGAUCCUUUGAUAGAGCCUUUUGUAGAUGAUGAUCAAUACUUUCCACAUGAGCUUUCAGACCAAAAUUCUUUGUUUAAAGAGUUGAAUGAGGCUAUUGCAGCACUGAGCAAAAUGUCUGGAUCCCAUUACCAAGAAAUAGAUGACUUUGGUUUUCAACAGCAAGAGCCCUUGGAUCAAAUUAAACAUCAUGAAAGUUCUCAACAAAAUAUAAUGCUAAAUAAAAGACCUCAUUCUCCAGGAAAAGGAUGCUCAACAAACAGUGCUGUACAAAAUAGAGUUUCUGAAGUGCCUAGUGAUCAGGCUACCUCAGAAGCAGGAAGUCUUCUUAGAGAAGGACCAGUUCAUAUACAAGUCAGAGAUCUGGAGAUGAAGAAAGCCAACAUUUCUAAAUUUAGAAAGGAAGUCAAAACGCCAAAGCUAAUGCUGAGAGAAAGUUUUGUUUCCAUGAUUCAACCUCAUGUUUAUUCAGACUUGGCCACACAAGUCAGUGACUACAAGGAAAGCCUAGUAGAAAAGGGGAUUCUGGUUUUAGAAGAGGUUACCCAACCUGAACAUGAGAAGAAAAUUUUAAAACACAGUGAUAGCAUCAAGGAUCAGCAGCUGUCCACUGAAGAAAGUGUGGCAAACCAGUCUGCAGAAAUGAAAAUAGUAGGUAGAAAGAUAUCCCAGACGCAGCACCCUCUGCUGAAAAAUAUGCCACCAGAGUAUUUUCUGCCCAGGGUAGCUCUACCCAAAUUACAUGCAGGGCAUAAUCCAAGCAGUCAAUUACAGAAUAUGUUUGGGCCAGAAAUGCAGACCCAACUUGCUGAAAGACUAGAGAUGUGCUCAUCAGAAGACCGAAGAGAAGGAUGGAUUGGUCCAUCUGAGUGUAAGAAGAAUCAAGAGGUCAGUGCAGAAUUUAAUGAAGAAACCAGUGUUAGACCAGAAGUUCGUGAUUGCCAAAUGAAUAAAGAAACUUCUAAAGACACCGCAGUUCUGUAUUCUCAUCCAGAUCACUUGUAUAACGUGCUGUUUGUAGGAGACUCAAAUGUUGGCAAAACUUCCUUUUUGAACAGGUUGCAAAAUGAUUCUUUUGAUGGAAACGUGACUGCAACUAUAGGAAUGGACUAUCGGAUCAAAAACCUGCUUUUGGAUAACAAACACUUUGCUUUACGUCUGUGGGACACAGCUGGCCAAGAAAGAUAUCACAGCAUCACCAAGCAGUUUUUCCGAAAGGCAGAUGGAGUGGUGCUGAUGUAUGACAUCACCUCAGAAUACAGUUUUGCAGAUGUGCGGUACUGGCUGAACUGUGUCCAGGAAGGAGCCGGGGAGGGAGUCAUGGUCCUUCUGCUUGGGAACAAAACAGACUGCAAUGCGGAAAGGAGAGUAUCUGAGAAGGAUGGAGCCCAUUUGGCCAAGGCAUGUCGACUCCUGUUUUAUGAAUGCAGUGCUGCUUCAGGUCACAAUGUCACAGAAUCCAUAAUCCAUUUAGUCAGGUUGAUGAAAACUCAGGAAGACCAAUUAAAACAGAAGGUUCUAGAAUUGCCAGUGCCACUUAAAAAUAAGAGAAGUUGUUGUUUAUAAAGUGGAAAAGACUAAUGACUAUCGAUCCUUGUGUCUACUGUGUGACUGUGUAUACUGUUUGUCCUCUUGAAUCUGGGUUGAAUACAACUUGUAUGGCAUAGGAAGUUUUGCCACUUCAGAUGAAAACUGAGGAUGGUCAUCGUUCUGCAGAUUUCAGACUUUGAGCCACUCUGGAUCCCUGUCUUGUUCUUUCCACUAGAGAUUCUCAAACUUUUCUCCAUAGGAAAUUUGCAGAACAAUUGUGAAGUUAACUCUAUUUCCUCUGCAUUUAGCCAUCUUAUUCAAUAGAUCUGGCCUAGGAUCUGUGACUUUUAUAAUAAUGGUACAGCUGACUAGGUUGCCCCUUAAAAUGUAUCUGUUAAAGAGGCUAUUAUUAGUGUUCUGCCGUAGGGGCUGAGAUGUUCAUAAAAGGGACUGGUAUUGAAAACAAUGCCGGUGCUGGAAAAAAAAAGUUUAUUUCAGACGAGUUAUGCACAUGUUUUGGAUUGUAGAAAAGAACAGCAAUAAAUACUGCUUUUUGGAAAAACAGUGGGAAAACUAUUGCACUUUGAGAUAACAACAUAUAAAAUAAGCUAUGUUUUAGCACAGAGUUUCCUCUGCUUAUUAGUAAGGUUUUGUGGGUCUUCCAUGAUUUCAAAUUGACGGUAAAGAAGAUCUUAAUGUGUGGAAGCUAUCUCUGUUGCUUAUUAUUCUAUUAUGCAUAUAAUUAUAUCACAGUGUGGAUUUUCCUGUUUAUGACAUCCUUGUGCUGACAAAUGUAACAUUGGCAUAAGAAUGAUAAGGCAUACAUAUAUUAUGUUACCUUUAAUGUUCCUUUUACACUAUACCAAUUACAUGUUUAAGUAUAAUAUGAUCUCCAUGUUUAUACAGUUGCAGUUCAUAGAUACUUUAAAUAAAUAAAAUACACUGUUCCUAA